AUGAUAUGGAUCACUCUGACUACUGAAACCUUUAACAUGCUUUUCACGUCCAGUUCUACGAUCGUAAAGCAUGGGCUAGAUACUCUUCUUAGGAUUCCAUUUUUUUUAGUACUCGCUGCUCCAUGGAUCUCUCUCAUCAUGAAGUCUCGGAUUACAAAAAUUAUAUUCAAUUUAGGAUUGAUCGAUGCAGAACUGGAGAAGUAUUUUUACUAUCAAAAACAUCAACUUGUUCAUCUGCUUGCAACGCUAUUCACUAUAAUGAGUUGUUUCUUUCCGGUAGUAAUCUUAGCGUCCAUUAGAGGAGUUGCAUUCUGGAUCAAUAAUUUUAGUGUCAUCACAUUCAUUGCAUAUACAUGGACAGGUGGUUUAUUCUUUUCAGCUAUUUUUAAUUUACUAAUUUAUAGCGUUGUCCUUCGUUUAGAAGCCAUAAAUUAUUUGCUACAACAAAUUUCCAAUUCGGAAAAAUUACAAUCUGAAAUUCUGGAUGAGCACGUUGCAAAAAAAAUGCGCCUCAUUGAAAGCUUAAGCAAUUUACACGACAUACUUUGUGAUGUGGCAACACAUUGCACAACAUGCUUUGCGGUUCCGAUUGUAUUAGUAAUGCUCCAUAUAUUGAUUCUUCAAAUCUUGACCGCAUUUGCUUUCCUUCGCGUUGUUUUCUAUCAUUUGGAUGCUGCUGAACUAAACGAUUCGGUUUUCUACAUGAUUGGAGCGGUGAGUUAUAGUCUCCUUUCGACCUCAUGCAUUUUGUUAGCUGGCGUUCUUCGGAGACACACCAUCAUUACUUGGAAGCUAACGCAUCGAAUUAUCAAUGUGACUAAAUCAAUUCUGAUUGAGGACAGAUUGCAAAGAUUCUCGGAACAAAUGAACCAUCGUGUACCAAACGUAGAUUGCUGGUUUUUCGUUCUUGAUUGGCCAUUUUUUUUAAAAGUAUGCAGUGAAGCAGCCACGUACUUAAUAAUAUUGAUACAGUUUGAGUCCAAGCUAUAA